GGGAACUUCUCUCGCACUCACUGUCUCUUAUCUGACAUUCGACUGCUUCCUCAGUGUUAUCACUCUUCUCUUGUCCACACUUCUGCAGCCAGCGUUCUCAAGUUUGACAGCUGCUUCACACGUAUGCAAAUAUUGCAACACAGAAUUGCUUUCAUUCGUGCCGAUCUGUUUCAAUCCGCGUGAGAAUUCUUGUCGAUGUUAAGUCCCAGCUGAUUGAGUACUGUUUCCUUCUGAGAAAUUGCAGAUUGAAGAUGCAGAGAUGAACUCAUAUGUAUGAUCUUUUAAAAGUUCGUAAGUUAAGAUGGAACCCGAAAGAGAUCAGCAUCAACCUGAAGAUGCAUGGGAAAGUCUACCUAUCGAUUUCCUCAUGAAGAUUCUCAGAGAUCAUGAUCUGCCAAUUUCCACUCUUCUGGAAUGUCGUUCAGUUUGUAAGAAAUGGAGGGAAGUCAUAGAUGGUCCUGAGUUACAGAACAAAAUAUGGAAAAAUUCUGUUAUUGUGUUUCAUGAACGUCGUGAAAUUGCGGCCCACUUCUGCUGUAGAGAUCGAUGGAUUACAAAAAAUCUUACAUUUGUGCCCAAGAAGCUAGUCGCUGCUGAUGGAGGCCUACUGUGUUUUGGUGAACGAUUUUCAACAGAAUAUGUUAUAUAUAACCCAGUUCCGGACAAAAUCCUGCUUUUGAACGUACCUCGUGAAAUCAAUGGAGAACAAACAGUCAUUGAUGGUAUGCUGAAGUGUAAGGUGGUGGGUUUAGUCGUGGCCCAAUCUACGAAAAGCUUCAAGCUGGUUUUGGGAGGAGUUCAAGUAGCAACAGGUAGACGCAGAGCUUUGAUUUACGACUCGACGACCGGUACAUGGUCGUGGGGAAUUCAUCCGUUUCCUGAAUGGAUGGAAGUCGUUUGUGACUGUAGGAGAAGUCUAGUAUGUAAUAGAUGUCUUUAUUGGCUCCUAUGGGAUCCCUAUACACACAUGAUGAAGGCUCUCUUGAUAUUUGAUCUGGAAGAGGGAAAGUGGACCGCCUUGGUAGAGGAAUCCAUGGAGGCCACGCCAAUGGACCUUCAAAUGGCUACGUAUGAAGGACAUGUGUGCCUUCUUGCCAGUAAAUGGUCUCCUCUGGAAGGGGAGUUUGAACGUAGGAGCGAUGUCGCCAACUUCCUCCGGAAUCCCAUGGUCCGGAGAAUGGAUGGAGCUUUGAUCAGGAGAGUUAGAAAUCUAUACUAUCGAGCUUUGAACAGGAGACGGAGAUUUCUAUGGAACAUGGACGAAGCAGUGGAUGAAGCUGUUUUCAGGAGAUUUAUAGAUCAAAGGGCUCUAGCUUAUCACACAGUUUUCAACUUCUACGCCUCAGGAGGCAGUGAUGCAUUUUUCGUCUUCGAUCAAGAAGGUAGAGAUCUUGAGGUGUUGAAAUAUUGGGCUGAAUUCGACUGGAUAUCUUUUCUACCCCAACCUCCUUUUCACUCUAGCAAUCGGUUUCAAUACUCAGGAUACAUUAUGAUCCCCGACGACCCUUGGUGUGCGAUAAUUCCAAGUCCCAGAGGAAGUGCAGGGCAGGGAUGGAUAAGACAGCAGGAGUUUAUGGACCAGCCAGUUUAAACGAAGGAAGUUAUGGAAGACACGUCAGAUGUCCUUCAGAUAGUUGUGUAUGAAGGUCGUGUGUGUUUACUCGCCAUGGAUAUGACUGAUUUUGAGUUUCAUUGUAGGAGCUAUGAUGGCAACUUCCUCCGUCAUCGAAUGGUCCGUAGAAUGGAUGGAUCUCUGAGCAGGAGACCUAGAUAUAUACGUAGGAUAUAUAGAAUACGUAUAUAUACAUAUACAUAUAUAUACGUAGGAUAUAUACGUAUAUAUAGAAUACGUAGGAUUACAUAUCUUUCAAACUUUAUGUUGCAGGAGGCAGUGAUGUGUUCUUCGUCUUCGACACAUUCGACGACGUCGAAGAAGAAGGUGAAAACCUUGAGGUGGGGAAAUACUGGUCUGAGAUAAACGUGAUCGAAUUUUUUACCCAACUUCCUUUUCAGGAAGUCCUUCAAAGUCUUGUAUGGGUAAUCGAGACGAAAUUAUUCCGUGGCGCUUGGUGUGCAAUAAUUCGACUGCCGGGAGUAUAUGCAGAGCAGGAAUGGAUAACACAGCAGCGGAGACAUCUGUAAUAGGAGGUGGGGGAUUCUCUCAUAGAAGAGGACGUAGUGGAAGUCCGAAGAGAAGUUAUAGGAGUCCCAUGACAGAUCAGCUCACCGAAAUAUAUGUCGCUUGGACUACAUCGUAUUAGCAACUGGAAUGCCAUUUUAAGUUCAAGUUAGUCUGGAUGGGCUGGUUGUUAAAAAAAAUU